UGGAGAAAAAAUGAAAAAGAGCAAACUACGCGGCAGUGUGGCGUUUUGCCUUUACCGCGUGUUAGUUUUGUUUUGGCUGGGUUAAAUUUAUUACGGCGCGAAAAUAUUCAGAAAUUUCGAAAUCACAUAAAGCUGGAAUUCUCGAUAAUUUUGCAGUGGUUUUAAUUGAUCGGAAACCGUAAAUAUGACGGAUAAUUUGCCAUACCGCGUCGAAUAUUCGAAAAGCGGCAGAGCCGGUUGCAAAGUUUGCAAGAAUCCUAUAGCAAAGGAUAGUUUGCGUAUUGCCACUGUUGUUCAGAGUCCUUUCCAUGAUGGUAAAUUGGAACGAUGGCAUCAUGCAAAUUGCUUUUUUGAAAAGCAGCGUCCAAAAGUAAUUGGAGACAUUGCUGACUAUGAUAAUAUCCGUUGGGAAGAUCAAGAAUUUAUUAAAAAGAAAAUGGGUAAUUAAUUGUUCUCAGAGGAACUUAUUGCUGGAGGAGAACCGGUAGUAUUGGCGAAGAGUGGCAAAGGUAACCGUAAGCGAACCAAGGCUGUGACCGAAUCUGGAAACGAUUUCCGGGUAGAGUACGCUAAAUCAAAUCGCUCUAAAUGCCGAGGUUGCGAAGAAACGAUCGUAAAAGCCGAAAUGCGACUGUCGAAGAAGGACUAUGAAAGCGAUGAGGCAAGGAAAUUCGGAGGUCUCGAUCGUUGGCAUCAUGCCGAAUGUUUCGCCAAACUUAGGGCGGAGCUCGGCUUUUUAGAGGCGGCAACAAACCUACCGGGUUAUGAUUCUCUUAACAAGCUUGACAUGGAGAUUCUCCUCAAACUCUUGCCCAAAAUCAAGCAGGAAGAUACGGCGCCGGCCGUGAAAAAAAUUAAGGUUCAGUCUGUGGAUGAGGAAGAGGAUAAGCAGCUCAAAGUCCAAAACAAGAAGAUAUUCGCCAUUAGAGAUCAACUAUCUGAACUCAAUAAGAAAAACCUUGUCAGACUACUCGAAGCCAAUAAACAAAAUGUACCAAGUGGGACCAAUGAGAUGUUAGAUGUUCUUGCAGAUGCUAUGCAAUUCGGUGCUUUGGAAUCGUGUACAAAAUGUAAUGGCCAACUUAAAUAUAAAUCUGGCAUUGGAUAUAAAUGUACUGGAAGUAUCUCGGAAUGGGCUUUAUGUGAAAAUAUCACGCAAGAUCCUAAAAGAAGAAAAUUCCAUAUUCCAAAGGAAUUGAAAGAACUUACUUUUCUAUCAUCGUACAAAUCUAAAGUACGACGCAGGAUAUUGAAAAUAAGGUCUCCAACAACACUGAGUGCAGUGAAGAAAGAAGAUCAGCCAGACGGUCCUAAGAUCCAGAGUAAGCCGCGGCCACUUAAACAUUUGGAUUUCGUAAUCGUAGGUAAGACAAAUAAGAACAAAGAUGAGCUGAAAAGAGAAAUUCUGCUUAUGGGAGGCAGUGUGAAACCCGAAGUAUCUGAAAAUACAGCUGCGGUAAUAGCCACCGCAGCAGAAGUUGAAAAGAUUAACAGGAGAAUAAAGGAAGCAAAGCAGUACGAUAUUCACAUUGUAUCUGAAGAUUUUGUUGAGGAAGCUAAAGAAUUUACCGAUACUCCAAUUAUACUUUUUAAGAAAAAAUCCAUCGCACCUUGGGGCGGUGAUCCAUCUUUGAGAAUUUCUAAAUCUGUAGCAACGGUAACAAAAAGUAAGAGUAGUUACGAGAAAUCUUCCUCGGGUAAAGUAAAGCUUCGCAUAAAAGGUGGAGGUGCUGUUGAUCCUGACAGUGGACUCGACGAUAUCGCUCAUGUAUAUCAGAGUGGUAAAACGAAAUUUACAACUACUCUCUGUCUCACUGAUAUCCAGACAAAAAAAAACACUUUUUAUAAAUUGCAAAUACUCAAACACGACAAGAAAAAUAAAUAUUACUUAUUUCGCAGCUGGGGUCGAAUCGGUACAACAGUGGGUGGUAAUACAUGCGAUUCUAUGGAACUGGACGAUUGCAUUGCUAUGUUUGAAAAAUUGUAUGAGGAAAAAUCUGGUAAUUUAUGGAAAAAUCGGGAAAAUUUUGUCAAAGUAUCUCAAAAAAUGUAUCCUAUCGACAUAGAUCACGGUGACGAGGUAGAUAACUCUAAACUGUUUGAAUCUAAUAUUGAGAGCAAACUCAAGAAACCAAUUCAAGAUCUCAUUCGCAUGAUUUUCGACGUAAACACUAUGAAGAAAACUAUGCUGGAGUAUGAAAUUGAUCUAGAUAAAAUGCCUCUAGGGAAGAUCUCAAAAAAACAAAUUCAGCAUGCUUAUUUGGUUCUCACAGAGCUUUUAGCUCUUGUGAAGGAAGGUAACGUGGAUAGGAGCAAGUACAUAGCAGCUUCCAAUAAGUUUUAUACCCUUAUACCACACAAUUUUGGAAUAAAAGAGCCUAGUAUUAUCGAAACUGAGGUAGAAAUUCAAGCCAAGAGUGAAAUGCUUGAGUCUCUGUUAGAAAUGGAAAUAGCCUACGAUCUUCUUCACUCAAAAGCCGAUACACAGAAAAAUCCACUGGAUGCCCAUUAUGAGCAACUUAAAUCAGAUAUUGAUAUGCUGAAUAAAGAGAGCGAUGAGUUUAAACUCAUUGAAAAGUAUGUGAAGAAUACACAUGCAGAGACGCAUAAACAAUUUGAACUCGUUAUCGAAGAUAUUUUUGUAACUAAAAGGAAUGGAGAGGAACGCAGAUAUAAGCCUUUUAAGAAGUUAUCCAACAGAAAACUUUUGUGGCAUGGUUCCAGGGUUACCAACUUUGCUGGCAUAUUAUCACAGGGUCUUAGAAUUGCACCACCUGAAGCUCCUGUUACUGGUUACAUGUUCGGAAAAGGAAUUUACUUUGCGGAUAUGGUAUCCAAAUCCGCCAACUACUGUUGCACUAAUGCAAAGGAUUCAAAAGGUUUGUUACUACUUUGUGAUGUAGCGCUUGGUAACAUGCAUGAACUUUACCAUGCCGACUACAUUGAGAAACUGCCACAUGGUAAACACUCAACUUGGGGUCGAGGAAAAACUCAACCUGACCCUGAAAAGUCUAUUAAACUCAAAAGUGGUGUUGAAGUGCCCUGCGGACCUGCCAUUUCUGCCGAACUUAAAAAAGAUUCCUCUCUACUUUAUAACGAAUUUAUUGUAUAUGAUGUAGCACAAGUUAAAGUCGAGUACAUUGUCAAAUUAGACUUCAAGUACAAGUUCUAAAAGAGCCUUAUUUUUUUAUUAUCUCUUUAUCGCAUUUACUUAUUUCUCUGUACUUU